AUGCAUUCGAAUUCGAGGCUCGCGCUCUUACUGUUGACCUCGUUGGGGUUUUUGUUUGGGCCAGUACAGGCGAAGACAUGUACUCUGAAGCCACUUGGGGCUGGGCAAGAUGAUACAGACCAGGUUGAAGCCGCCAUUGCGAGCUGCGGCCAGUACGGCCAAGUUAUCUUCGAGGCUGGUGACUAUAACAUUACCAGGAAAAUGACAUGGGACCUGGUAUCGUCGCGCGUGGACCUGUACGGCUACCUCAAUUUCUUGCCAGACGUGGAGUACUGGCUAAACGCCGACAAUACCUACCGUGUGGUGUUCAUCCAGAACCAAGCGUCCUGGUUCGUAGUCACCGGGCAUGACUUUAUCAUCGACGCCCACGGCGUUGGUGGCAUCCAGGGUAACGGCCAGACCUGGUGGAACUAUUUCGCGAACCGUACGCGCGAAGACGGCGACGGGCGCCCGAUCGCGUUCACACUCUCGAAUGUCACCCGCGGGCUCGUGCAGGACUUCCGCAUCGAGGCGCAGCCGUUCUGGUGCAACACCGUCGUGGACAGCACGGACGUUGUGUAUGACGGAAUGUAUUGUAAUGCGACCAAUACGAACCCGGCGUAUUAUGGGACGAAUGUUGUGCCCAAUACCGAUGGCAUUGACACGUACCGGAGCGACCGCGUCUCGCUCAUCAACUGGGACAUAACCUGCGGCGACGAUUGCCUCGCAAUCAAAGGAAACACGACGGAUCUGCACGUGCAGAACUACGUCUGUCGCGGCGGGAACGGGAUUGCCUUCGGGAGUCUUGGGCAGUACGCUAAUCUGUCCGACAUUGUGGACCACGUCGAGAUGACGAACCUCACUCUCCUCCGCCUGGAUUCAAGCAUCCAGCCGAACAUGGUCAGCGGCGUAUACUUCAAAUCAUGGACAGCCACCGUAAACGGCGUCCCUCCCACCGGCGGCGGAGGCGGCGGUGGGUACGUGAGUAAUGUCCUCGCGCAGGACGUGUACGUCGACCGCGUUACGGUGCCGCUGCACCUAUACCAGACGAACGGGGGGCAUAGUGGAGACACGCCGUCGUACCUGCAGUUCUCCAACCUAACGUUUAUCAACUGGUCGGGUACUUCGUUGAGGAGCAAGGUGGUGGACAUCGAGUGCAGCGCGAACGCACCGUGUCCGAAUAUCGAUUUCGUCAACUUCGACGUCCAGCCUGUGAACGGGACAGCGCCGGGGUACGAGUGUGUCAACGUGCUCAGCGAGAGGGGCCUGCCAGGUGCGUUUGCAUGCUUUUUGCUGUUUCACUGA